GUUGUUCCUGGCCUCCAACAUGUCGGCCCCCCUGGAAGUGAUCGUCAGCAGCGACUCCGGCUCGCAGCUCUGGAACUGCACCGUGUUCGACCUCCACAGCGGCUCCAGCCUGCUGUCGUACCGCGGCGGGAACUCCGCGGCCCGGAGCCUCGCGCUGCUCCGGGGGGAGUUCCUGGUGUCCGCGCAGCUGGGCAAGAACUUCAUCAACGUGUGGGAGACACAGAGGAAGGACCAGUUGCAGCAGAAGAUUGUGUGUCCAGGUGUGGUCACCUGUCUGACGGUGUCACCUGACGGAGCCUUCCUCGCCGCUGGAGUCGCUGAGGCUGUUUACCUGUGGGAGGUGUGCACAGGUAAGCUGCUGAGCGUGCUCAGUCGACACUAUCAGGACGUCACAUGUCUGAAGUUCACCGAUGACGGCAGCCAUUUUGUUUCUGCGGGAAAAGAUAACCUGGCCCUGGUGUGGACCGUGUGCAGUGUGGUUCAGCUGGAUUUAAGCCACGCCCCCGAACCUCGCCACGUCCUGUCUCGACACUCUCUUCCAAUCACAGACCUGCACUGUGGCCGGAUGGGAGCUCAGGCCAGAAUCGCCACCGCUUCACUGGACCAAACUGCCAAGGUGUGGGAGCUAUCGUCUGGUGAGAUGCUGUUGUCCGUCCUUUUUGAUGUGGAGAUCAUGUCAGUGACCUUUGAUCCCUGUGAAUACUUCCUUUUCUGUGGAGGAAGUGAUGGAAGCAUCUUUCAGGUGUCUCUGUGUAGUCAAACUCUCAGUCGGGAAAAGUCCUUCCAAUCUGCCAGUGAAGGAUCCCAGGUGUUCAAAGGACACAGGAACAUGGUCACAUGUCUCUCCGUGUCCAUGGACGGUACUCUCCUCCUCUCUGGGUCACACGAUGAGACAGUUCGUCUUUGGGACAUUCAGAGCAGACAAAGCGUCCGCUGCCUUGCACACAAAGGUCCCGUGACGAACGCAGUCAUCAUGCCUGUUUCAGCGAACAUGUUCCUGCCCGACAGCCGGCCCGCCGUUCCUCUACCACGCUUCAGCCGACACCUUCACGCCUCCGAGAGGAAUGACGAAGAGUCGGGGGUGGUGUGUCUCCGCCCUGCGCUCCAUACACAGGAGGAGGAGGCGUCGUACCUGCAGAAGGCCGGCAGGUUGUACUCUCUGAUAAACGCUGUGACAGACAAGUCAGUGUUUGGCGACGGUGAAAACACGAAGGUUCGCAUCGCGGAGCUGGAAGAAGAAGUUCAGACUCUGAAGAAAGUCAACAAAGAUCUGUUUGAGUUCUCCACUCAGCUCCUCACCAAGCCGACAUAAACACUGCUGUGUUUCAAAAUAAAAGCCUUUUUUGAGUUGUAUCUAAAUA